AAAAGUCAGAGACAAUAGAAGAAAGUGUUGACUACUCAGCAUCUUAUAGGAGUUGAAGAAGAAGAAGAGAUCAGUGAGAUUGAGAAGAAAUAAUAAGAAUGGAUUUUAGUGAGUUGAGAAGAACGGUGGAAGAGGUGGAGCUGGUUGAUGCACAUGCCCACAACAUAGUUUCCAUUGAUUCUAACUUCCCCUUCAUCCAUGCCUUCUCUGAAGCCUAUGGUGAUGCUGUUUCUUUCUCACCACACUCUCUCUCCUUCAAGAGAAGUUUAAGAGACAUUGCUGAGCUCUAUGGAUCCGAGUCAUCUUUGGAAGCUAUUGAAGAACACCGGAGAGUCUCCGGAUUACAAUCGAUCAGCACAUCGUGCUUCAAAGCCGCAGGAAUCUCUACCUUACUCAUUGAUGAUGGACUAAAAUUUGACAAGAAGCAUGAUCUUGAAUGGCAUAGGAGUUUUACCCCUGUUGUUGGUAGAAUCUUAAGAAUCGAACGAGUCGCCGAGGAAAUCCUUGAUGAAGGUUUAACAGAUGGAUCUUCUUGGACAUUGGAUUCAUUUACAAAAGCAUUUGUCUCAAAGUUGAAAUCAGUUGCUGGUGAGAUCUUUGGAUUCAAAAGCAUAGCUGCAUACCGAAGUGGCCUGGAAAUCAAUCCAAAUGUGACAGCAAUAGAGGCCGAAGAGGGUCUCGAACAGGAUUUAAGUGCUGGGAAGCCUGUUCGCGUAGCUAACAAAAAUUUCGUCGAUUAUAUCUUCUUGCAAAGUCUAGAAGUUGCUCAAUCCUAUGACUUGCCAAUGCAGAUACACACAGGUUUUGGGGAUAAAGAUUUGGAUAUGCGACUGUCCAAUCCUCUUCACCUACGUUCAGUCCUUGAAGACAAGAGAUUCUUGAAGUCUCGGAUAGUCAUUUUACACGCAUCCUAUCCGUUCUCAAGGGAAGCGUCGUAUCUCGCUUCGGUUUACUCACAGAUUUACCUUGAUUUCGGAUUGGCGAUUCCAAAGCUUAGUGUACAUGGCAUGAUAUCUUCGGUGAAAGAGCUAUUAGAGCUAGCUCCAAUAAAUAAGGUUAUGUUCAGCACUGAUGGCUAUGCAUUUCCAGAAACCUUUUACUUAGGUGCAAAGUGGUCUCGUGAAGUUGUUUUCGCUGUUCUGCGCGACGCAUGCAUUGAUGGUGAUCUCUCAAUUCCUGAGGCUGUGGAAGCUGCUAAAGAUAUAUUUGCACGAAAUGCGAUUCGAUUUUACAAGAUUAGUCCAACUAAUAGUUUAGCUAGUUCAGAAUACAAUGUGGUUUCUAAGUUGAAUACUAGUAGUAGUAGCUUAGAGUCUGAUUCGUCACUGGUUCGUAUCAUAUUCGUUGAUGGUUCAGGGCAGCAUAGAUGCAGGGUUGUUCCUAAAAAGCGUUUCAAUGAUGCUGUUUCGAAGAAUGGAGUUGGUUUAGCGCGUUGUAUUAUGUCUAUGGUUUCUUUUAUGGAUGCACCUGCUGAAGGGUCAGGUCUAACUGCAGUUGGUGAAAUAAGAUUAAUGCCUGAUUUGUCUACUAAAUUAAGAAUUCCAUGGAGCGAGCAAGAAGAAAUGGUUUUAUGUGAUAUGCAAAUCAAAGCCGGAACGGCCUGGGAAUAUUGCCCGAGAGAGGCCUUAAGACGAGUUUCGAAGAUUCUGAAAGACGAAUUUAACUUGGAAAUGAAAGCAGGAUUUGAGAAUGAGUUUUAUCUCUUAAAGAGCAUAACAAGGGAAGGGAAUGAAGAAUGGUUACCAUUUGACUCGAGUCAUUACUGCUCAUCGUCAGCAUUCGACGCUGCUUCCCAGAUAUUUCGCGAAAUUUCUGCUGCUAUUCUUUCCUUGGGGAUUUCAGUAGAGCAGUUACAUGCUGAAGCUGGAAAUGGUCAAUUUGAAAUUGCUUUGGGAUACACCACUUGCAAUAAAGCUGCUGACAACUUAAUUUACGCGCGCGAAGCUGUCCGUGCAAUAGCAAGAAAGCACGGCCUUCUCGCGACUUUUGCACCAAAGUAUAAGCUAGAUGAUUUGGGUUCUGGAUCCCAUGUGCAUCUUAGCUUAUGGCAAAAUGGGAAAAAUGUGUUUAUGGCAAAGGAUGAAUCGUCGAAGCACGGAAUAUCAACAACAGGGAAAGAAUUUAUGGCUGGAGUUUUGCAUCAUCUUCCUUCUAUUCUGGCAUUUGUAGCUCCAAUUCCUAACAGUUAUGAUCGGUUACAACCGAACACGUGGAGCGGCGCAUACUUGUGCUGGGGGAAUGACAACAAGGAAGCUCCAUUGCGAGCCGCCGCUCCACCCGGAACUCCUGAUGGCCUUGUAAGCAACUUUGAGAUGAAAUCAUUUGAUGGCUCUGCAAAUCCACACUUGGGAUUGGCUGCCAUAAUUGCCGCCGGCAUAGACGGUCUUUGCCGGCAUCUUCCGCUUCCUGAACCUGUUGAUAUAAUUCCAAAUCCAGAAAAGCUUCGGAGAUUGCCAACAUCACUCUCUGAAUCCUUGGAAGCUCUUCAUAAGGAUGACUUGCUUAAGGAGUUUAUCGGCGAAAAUUUGAUGGUUGCCAUAAAAGCGGUCCGAAAGGCUGAAAUUGAUCAUUACUCAAACAACAAAGAUGCUUACAAGAAACUCAUACACAUCUACUGAAGCAAUGGAUAACAAUUUAUGUUUGUUAUGAUUUAGAUUUAGAUUUUGGUUGCUUAGUCUUGUUCAUAGUAUUUAGUUUAAGUAUAUCUCGUGGUUAUCUAAUAAGUUAUCCUUAAUAUAUAGAGCUCCUCGUUAUGCUUAUAUAUAAUGUAAUAAUUUCAUUUGUCAACUUAUAUUUAAGUAAUCUUGAUUGAAAUGAACUCAUAUUUUUAAUGAAA